GAUGCGUGAGAUACAGUACAACCAAAUGCCGAACAGUUUUCCAGCACUGUGUCCGUUUUAUGAGUGAAAAACGUGUAUAAAGACGAAUGACGUCACUUUUGAAAUAAAGGUGUUUAUACACAAUUUGUUUAAGGUUCGUGCUUAUAAAUAAAUUAUUUGUGCUGUGUUUGUUUUAGUUUGGAUUGGCUAUUAUAAUUAGGGUUCUAGUCGACGCAUGGAGAGAGAACGGCAUCAUGUCCGGAAUGACAGGAGCCAGUAUGCUGCGCACGCGCAGAAAAGAUGUCAACGUCAAACCGAAUCGCAAAUUGGACAGAAAGUCUUCACGGGGCAUGCUUUACGAGAACGAGGAGCUCCGUUUGCGAACCAUCAACAUCAAUGCUGAAAUUGAAAGAGGGCAAUCCGACAUAAAGAAAUUGAAACGAGAGAAUGAGCAGCUGAAACGAGAGAUAUCAGCACUCCGGUAUGAGUACGACAGACUGGAUAGACUCCUGCGCGAGCGACGAUCCUCGCCAGAGCAUUCGGACGACAGCGCGUCGAUGUGCAACGCUUGUCCCGAGUGCACGAGCGUGGACGGGUCUGCGCGCGCUGUCGCCUUUCAUGACCUCACGGUAGUUCCCGAAGAGGGGGAACAGGAGAAUAAGAGCGGCACAGCGUCGCCCUGUGAAUGCGAAGAUUGUCAAAAAGAAGAAAAAAGUUGUUAUAGUAACGAUAAUAAGGAUAAACUUGUAGAUAGUAACCAGAAGACAGAAAAUCAGCCUGUGACCAAACAACCGACGCAAUCACAAAGCAAUACGCAUUUGCAGCCAAAUACGGAAGACAAUGAAAACGAACGCACUGUAGAUGUGUUGGUACAUGAUGCGCCAAAUAUGCCUAGCUUUUUCCAAUCAGUGACGUCACACCCAGUACAUUUCCCUGGACCGCCGCCUCCGGGAUUUGUAAUGGCUCCGUAUCAAGCACCGCGCUUUCCUACAGGUGGUAACGUAGAGGACUUAUUAGGCGAUGUACAACAUUCCCAAACAACUAUCCAUACUACUUACAUCCAGCAAAACUCAGUAUUUAUGUGCAACACACAGAAAAUACUGCAAAAGCAUUGUUGCUGCCAAAAACAAGACGAAAAACAGGAAACCGAUGAGCAACCAAAGUGUUACGUUACUGAGAAAAAUAUAGAACUGACAUACGACUAUCCAAGAGCGACGCCUGUUGCUAGCAGUCCAAGUCCAAAGUCUAGCGACGACGUGCAAACGACGACAACAGAAGUGGCUAGCACGGUCGUCUUUGUAGAAAAACGAAUUCCGAUUAAGCCGAAAAAGUUUGACUUCUUCUUUCGAUCACGUUCGGCACCCGUGGGCGAUAAUGAAGAGCCAAUAUACGCGACUGUCAACAAACUCCCAAAGCGCCUCCGACGAAUGGAAUUGGCCAAUUUAGAAAAAGAAGUCGCAUACAAAUCUGGCGACACAAACUCGUCUCGAACUGAAAUCCAAAAGACAGAUUCCGAGCAAGCACAACCUCCGGACGACGACACAAGCCGCUCUGAAAAAGAAAAGCCUAUAAUCCAGAGACCUGAGUCACCAAAAGCAAAGAAGCGAAAAAGGUUUUCGCUGACGUUCAAAAAGCGCGAGCGGAAGAAGAGAGAUAAGAAAAAGGAAUUGAAGAACGGGACUAAAAACGGGGUGCCGUUACAAGUGGAGAGUGACAAUGAGAGACUGAUUGAGGAGCAGGAACAGAAGCACAAGACUUGCACAAGACACCGGGCGAGGAACACGACGUCGUCUGCGAGCUCAUGCCCGCGCUACAAGCGGGACAGCUACCAGGAGAUGACAACCUCACAUUCAGAAGUGGAGCGAACGAACAGUGUUUGUUCAUCAGUGAACUCUUUAGCUUCAGCGUGUACACAUAAAUCUAGAAAAUUAUCAGCAGUACCCCAAAACGAUUCAAUACCGUGGUGUGGAUGUUGGGGCGCUGGUUGUGUGUAAUGACUGUGAAUGAACUUCAGUGCUUCAACUAUUCUCAAGAGGAAACGUUUCUCGACAUUCUCGGCUUCAAUUUUAGAUGAAUUCCUGGAAGUCGAAGUAGUUGCGAAAGUUCGUCGUGGGGUUUGCGGUGCAUUUACAUAGAUUAUGAUCUAUAGACAUUUUAGUAUACUGUGUUAGAGUUUUCCUGCUUUCUACACUUUCAUAGAAGCGUUAUCAAUAGAUUAGUUCUGUACAUAGGGGGAUACUGUGAUUUGAGUGUUUAACACAAAUUGAAGAGUGAGUGUGCGUGGUGAUUUUAUGAAAUAAAUUAUUUUACUGUA